AUGCUCCGCCGUCGCUUGGCUAAGGUCAAGGACGAGGUCCCCACGACGACCGAAUCCUCGCCUACGCCGACUCCUCCGUCUGAGAAAUAUGGAUCAUUUGUCACGAAGCCACGCAGUAAACGUCGCAAUGGCCUGAUCUUCGCGUUGGGUGGGAUUUUUGGCAUCCUUGUUGCCGUACUCUUCGCCAACCAGCAGGAUGUUAUCAGUCUCGAUUCUCUGAUGGAUCUGAAUCUGGAAUCGUUGAUGGAUGUGAUUCCGCAGGGUAUUCUCAAGGAUGUGAGGGAGUUCUCGCAACAUGAGCGUGAUACGGUCAGUUAUGAUUCCUUCGCCGUGGGUCUUCAGCUUCAGGCGCAGGGGCUCGAGGCCAAACAUCCUGUUGUCAUGAUUCCAGGGGUCAUCUCCACGGGGCUCGAGAGCUGGGGUACGGGGUUGCAGUCCCGACAGUACUUCCGGCGUCGGCUCUGGGGGAGUUGGAGUAUGAUGCGGGCAUUGGUCCUAGACAAAGCGGAAUGGAAGAACCAUAUCAUGCUAGACAAGGAGACGGGACUGGAUCCGCCGGGAAUCAAGCUCCGGGCCGCGCAAGGAUUCGAUGCCACCGAUUUCUUUAUCACCGGCUACUGGAUCUGGAACAAGAUCCUCGAGAAUCUUGCGAGCAUCGGAUACGAUCCAACUAAUGCCUUUACGGCGGCUUACGACUGGCGCUUGGCAUAUCAAAACCUGGAAAUCCGUGACCAGUACUUCAGUCGGCUGAAAUCCUACAUCGAGAGUGCUGUCCUGGUGCGGGGUGAGAAAGUGACCCUGGCCUCGCACAGUAUGGGUUCACAGGUGGUGCUGUACUUCUUCAAAUGGGUAGAGAGUGCCGAUCACGGCAAGGGUGGCAGCGACUGGGUCAAUGACCACAUUGCGUCGUGGAUCAACAUCAGCGGGUGCAUGCUGGGUGCCGUCAAGGGUCUGACGGCCGUCCUGUCGGGCGAAAUGCGCGACACGGCGCAGCUGAAUGCCUUCGCCGUGUACGGACUGGAGAAAUUUCUGUCCAAGGAAGAACGUGUAGAGAUCUUCCGUGCUAUGCCGGGUAUCUCAAGCAUGUUACCCAAGGGGGGCGAAGCCGUCUGGGGGAAUUCCACUUGGGCGCCGGACGACCAACCGGGCCAAUCGAUGACGUUCGGCAACGUGCUGAAUUUCCACGAGAGCAACUCGACCCUGACGGCAAAGAACCUGACCAUCUCGGACAGCCUGUCGUAUCUGCUGGACCAGAGCGAUGACUGGUAUCGCGACCAGGUGCUGGCCAGUUACUCCCACGGCGUGGCGCACACCACCAAGGAAGUCGAAGCCAAUGAGAAAGACCCGCGCACCUGGCUCAAUCCCCUCGAGGCCCGGUUGCCACGAGCUCCAGACAUGAAGAUCUACUGCCUCUACGGCGUGGGCAAGCCGACCGAACGCAGCUACUUCUACCAGGAGGAGCGCGAUCCGCUGGUCAACUUGAACGUCAGCAUCGACACCACCGUCACCAACAACGACGGGGUAGACCACGGUGUCGUCAUGGGCGAAGGCGAUGGCACCGUCAAUUUGCUGAGUGCGGGAUACAUGUGUGCCAAGGGCUGGCAUAUCAAACGAUAUAAUCCCGCCGAGGUCAAGAUCAAGGUGUAUGAGAUGCCACAUGAGCCGGAUCGAUUCUCUCCCCGCGGAGGUCCCAACACAGGUGAUCACGUCGAUAUCCUCGGUCGCUCUUCUCUUAACGAACUCAUCCUCCGGAUUGCCAGCGGACAUGGCGACGAAAUCGAAGACACCUUCGUCUCGAAGAUCAAAGAAUAUGCCGACCGAGUGAAGAUUUACGAAGAAUAA